AUGAACGGUCAAUAUCAAAAACCAUACCGGCUCGGACGACGCCCGGGGGAACAAGGUCCGCGUCCUCUGUCGUGGAACCAGGACAGAGUCGAAAAAUUGGCUACUGGAACAACCACAACCACUUAUACAAAAACAACAACAACAACGCCACAAACGUCAACACAAGCAACAGCGAGCAAGUAUGACUCAGACAAACUCAAAUUGAUGAAAGAUACUUUCACUGUGGGCACAUGGAAUGUUCGAACAUUAUGGGCAACUGGCAAACUGGAACUACUACGAAAUGAAAUGAAACGGUACAGUUACGACGUCAUCGGCAUUUCAGAAGUACGAUGGACUGGAAAAGGUGAAACAACAAACGGUGACUUCAUUUGGUGCGGGGGUGACAACACACAUACUAAAGGUGUUGGAAUGUUACUUAGUACAAGAGCUCGAAAGGCUCUUAUGGGCUACAAUCCGAUCAAUCCAAGAUUAAUUACUGCAAGGUUCAAAGCAACCCCAUUCAACUUAACAAUAAUCAAUGUAUAUGCUCCAACAUCUGACGCAACAGAAAAUGAAAUUGAAAUAUUUUAUAGCGAUUUGGAAGACGCUAUAGGAAAAACUCCUAAAAAAGAUAUACUUAUACUAACUGGUGACUGGAACGCCAAGGUGGGUGAUGACAAUACUGGCUGGGAAACUGCCAUGGGCAGAUAUGGAUAUGGAACAAGAAACGAACGUGGUGAAAAUUUAUUGGAAUUCGCAACACUACAUAAUUUAUUUAUUUGUAACACAAGAUUUCAACAAAAACCAAUUCACAAAUGGACAUGGGAAUCACCGGAUGGCAUACACAAAAACAUGAUCGAUCUCAUCAUCAUACAAAAACGUUGGAAAUCAUCUGUCGUCAACUGCAGAACAUUCCAAGGAGCUGAUAUCAGCUCUGAUCACUCCUUAGUUUUGUGUAAUAUCAAACUAAGACUAAAAAAUAUACAAAAUAAACCAAAGUAUAAUCAACGACUCAACAUACAACAGCUCAAUGAUCAAACAAUCAAAACAUCUUAUCAAACACACUUGGAAAACAAUUUAAACAAUAUUCAAACAGCGAACAAUAUAGAUGACCAUGCACUACAAAUUGAAAAAGCAAUUAAAGAAGCACUACAAGUGAGCAUACCUACUCAAAAAGAAACACCAAAGAAACCAUGGAUCUCAACUCAAACAUUGGAUUUAGCAAAUGAAAAAAGAAAAGCAAAACAAGUGAAACACAUAUCAACACAACUUAACAACAAGUACAAACAUCUUUGCAACGAGGUGAAAAAAGCAGCAAGGAAAGACAAAGACAACUGGAUACAAAAUCAAUGUGAAGAAAUUCAAAUGGGAUUGAAAGUUGGCAACAGCAAACAAGCAUACAACUUGGUGAAACUGCUAAAAAAGAAAUUUCAACCAAAAUUAACAGUUAUACGAGAUCAAGGUGGCACAAUAAUACAAUCGAAACAAGGCAUUAUGGAAAGGUGGACAGAAUACUGCGGUGGACUGUACGAAGAUAAUGGUGGUGGAGAAAAGGUAGUGGAAGAACUGGUAAACAUAAGCCCUUCAAACGACAACACAUCAUAUGGCAUACUAUACAAUGAAGUACAAAUUGCAAUAAACAAACUCAAGAAAAACAAAAGUCCUGGAACCGACGAAAUAACGGCGGAAAUGAUUCAAGGUGGUGGUGAACAAUUGGCGCACAAAAUUCAUGAGUUGUGCAAUAGAGCUUGGGAAGAGGAAACAAUUCCAGAAGAAUGGGGUCGAUCAAUCUUGGUGCCAAUUCCCAAAAAAGGUGACACCAGUGAAUGCUCGAAUUAUAGAACAAUAUCUUUAAUCAAUCACACGGGGAAGGUGUUUUUAAUGGUAUUACUCAACAGACUGAAACAACAUCUGGAUCCAUAUAUGUCCGAGGAACAAGCGGGGUUCCGGAAGGACAGGAACACAACACAUCAAAUCUUAAUACUCAGACUUCUGGCAGAAAAAGCAAAACGCAACGGCAAAAAAAUCUACAAUUGUUUCGUUGACUUCACCAAAGCUUUCGAUACAAUUAAACACAAUAUCAUGUGGGCUGUUCUUAGGUCGUAUGGGGUGGACAACAAGGUGAUCACACUACUGGAAAAAAUCUAUGGUAACUCUCGAUCAGCAGUUCGAAUUGGUAGCGACAUUGGUGAAUGGUUUCAAACAAGCGUUGGCACUAGACAGGGUGACCCUCUGUCACCACUUUUGUUUAUUGCAUACCUGGAAAGAAUAAUGGACAAAACAACAUCAACAAACAAUGGGGCAAAUCUUAGUGGAACAUUGGUCAGCAACCUACGAUUUGCCGACGACAUUGAUCUCAUAAGUGAGAAUCAUAUCGCACUUCAAGAACAGAUUCAACAACUCACAACAACGGCAGCAGAAGCGGGACUCUUGGUGAAUACAAGAAAAACAAAAACAAUGGUGUUUGGUGGUAGAACUAUUGACAUGGAAAUGGAAAUACAAGGUACAACCAUCGAAAACGUUGAGGAGUUUGAGUACCUCGGUAGCUUGCUAACUUGGGACAAUGACUGCUCAAAAGAAAUCAGGAGGAGAAUCAAUAAAGCAAUUGGUGCAAUGGCAAGUUUGAAACAUAUAUGGAACACAAAAAAGAUAAAGAUCGAAAACAAACUAAAAAUCCUAACUACAUGCGUUUUCAGUGUACUACUUUAUGCCUGUGACACAUGGACGUUAAAAGAAGGUGACAAAAAGAAACUACUGGCGUUUGAAAUGCGGUGCUACCGAAGAUUGCUUCGGAUCAGUUGGAAAGACAUGGUGCGAAACAUCGAUAUCAGGAAACAAAUUGGUGCUCAUGAAACAAUAGUGGAUAAAAUCAAACGAAGAAAAUUAAAACUAUUCGGACAUGUUUGUAGGAUGGACGACAAUAGACUCCUGAAACAUGUAGUAUUUUCAAGAAUCAAUGGAAAAUCAAGGAGAGGUCGACCAUGCCGAGAAUGGCUCGACGAUAUCACGGAGUGGUGCGGCUAUGGAUGUCAGGACCUGGUUCACCUCGCGCAAAGCAGGGACCAAUGGAAAGGUAUCAUCCGUUCUGUGGUUGGCCCCAACGGGCGAUAA